UUAUCUCCCUAAGUUGUAAAUACCCAUCACAUCUAGAAUAAGAUAAAUGAUCAUCACAGCCAGAAAUAAUGGAGCAUGGUGAUAUUUUUGCUGCCAUAUCCCUCAGGGAAUGUAAACUUGAUAGAAUAACACUUUCUUUUUUUGGCUCUUUCUGCAAGUACAACAGUAUUGUGAAUCUCAAAGAAGGUAACCUUGGAGUUAUCUCCUACAAAGCUCCAGCCUUUCUCAUUAUGUAACAUGUCAAACUUUAGCUUUAUUCUUCCUAAGAUUCAUACAAGAAAUUUUACUAUCUCUAACAUGUUUCUUUAUGAUUGGUUUAUUAUCUGAGAUAAUUUGGAGUACAGGCAUUGGCAUGAGCAUGUAUUUGUUGCAGGCAUCUCAUGGAAAGAAUGGGAAGUGGCAAGGAUCAGUAGGAGGUUUAGUUGAUGCUCCCAUGGUCAAAGUAUGGCCAUUGGUCACUCAAUCCAAAAGGCUACCGGAGUGGAUGCCAAUGGUCGAGAGGUGCACCGACAUAGCUGGAAACGAAGGCCUCCCAGGCUACGUUCGGGUCGUGUCGGGCUUCAUGUUCCCACAGAAAGAUGGAGAAAGGUCAUGGAUCAAAGAGAGGCUGCUCUCCAUGGACUCAUCAGCUCAUUGUUACAGUUACAAAAUGGAAGCAAGCAAUGUGGGAUUAGAUGGGUCAAUCAACAGUUUAAAGCUUGUGGAUUAUGGAGAUGAUUCAACAUUGAUUGAAUGGAAGUUUGAGAUAUAUCCUUUGGAAGGUGUUUGUGAAGAGAGCAUUAUUGACUAUCUGGGAUUUCUUUACAAAUCUUGCAUCAACAGAAUUGAAGCUGCAAUUGAAUUUGCAGCAGAGCAGCAUCUAACAGGGUUUGAGUAGGAAACAGCUCUUUUCUGUUUGUUCUUUGAGAGAGGCUGUAUUUUCUGUUUGUUUCUCUGGAAAAUAUAAAUCAACUUUGAUUUGUUAUGAAUGGACUUCAAAAACAAUGGUUGCGUUGGUAUUUAGCCAUGGUUGAUGUUAAUUAUUGGCCACGAGGAAUUUCCUCCAAUAAAAUAUAGAUUUUUUUA